CGCGUCGCUGUGGGUGUGAUUGAAAACGUCUCUGACGUAAUUUUUUCUUGAUGAAUAACGAAACCGCUUUAUCUGCGUCAUAUAUUUUUAUUUUUUACCACUACCACCACCACCACUUUAAUUAAUAUCGCAUCAUGCCUCGCCACUCGAAAAACAACACAGCAUCUAGUGUCUUUACAUACCAUGAAACAAAAUCAUUAGAAUAUGGCACAAAAAAGCACCGUCUUGGUCGUGAUUCAUUCAGAGAAUACAAUGCAUGCUUCUUAUGCUUGCAAACCGCUCGCGAUCCUGUCGCCUGUCCACAAGGGCAUUUGGCAUGUCGUGAAUGCAUGUACGAAUCGAUAUUGACACAAAAGCAAAACGUUAAGCGAGAACAGCGAUUGCUGGAGCAAAAGCUACAGGCCCUGGAGGAAAUGAAGGGAAAAGAGCAAGAAGAAGCACGACAAGCCAUGUUGGAUCAGUUUGAAAAGACACAGACGAGCAUGUUGGGCAAUCGAAAACAUGUGCAGCAACAUUCUCAAAAGCAGAAUGGAAAAGAAAAGGAAGAAGAAGGGGGUAAGACUAGUAGCGGUGUCAAGCGGAAAAUACAAGAUGCAACCGAUGAUGAUCAGUUGGCUCGAGCUGCCAAGCGGUUAGCAGAGGAAAAGGCAGACAAGUCCAAGUCGAAGCUGUCGAGUUUCUGGUUGCCGUCCAUGACUCCUGAGGCAGAAAAGCAAUACAAGGAUGAGAUCAAGCCGAUUCAGACGCAGACUAUGUGCACUGCUGUCAAGACACCCCAUCCAGUGAGUUUGAAGAGCUUGAUUGAAAUUAAGUUUCAAUAUGAAGACGAUGCCAAGAAGAAAUGUCAAUGUCCUGCUUGUCUAAAGAGCCUUUCUAACUCAUCCAAGUUCUCAGCGAUGCGUUCGUGCGGACAUGUUAUUUGCAAUUCAUGCGUGGACAUGUUUGUGAAAAAGACCAAGCGCUGUUAUGUAUGUGAAGCCAAGACUAAGUCGAAGGAUAUUGUGGACAUGAGUCCAGAAGGAACUGGUUUUGCUAGUGGUAGCACCAUGGCCGAGGCGAAGAAAUGGGAUGUAGCCUUCCAAUAAAAGCAUUUCUCUUGCAACGAUGCAGGUGUUUUAUAA